CGUUGUUGACUGCGGGCUGCUUGUAGGGCGUGAUGGUGGGCAUGGGGCAGAAGGACAGCUAUGUGGGUGACGAGGCUCAGAGCAAGAGGGGCAUCCUGACCCUGAAGUACCCCAUCGAGCACGGCAUCGUCACCAACUGGGACGACAUGGAGAAGAUCUGGCACCACACCUUCUACAACGAGCUGCGUGUGGCACCUGAGGAGCACCCGGUGCUGCUCACUGAGGCUCCGCUCAACCCCAAAGCCAACCGUGAGAAGAUGACGCAGAUCAUGUUUGAGACCUUCAACACCCCUGCCAUGUACGUGGCCAUCCAGGCCGUGCUGUCCCUGUACGCCUCCGGUCGCACCACAGGCAUUGUUAUGGACUCUGGGGAUGGUGUCACCCACACCGUGCCCAUCUAUGAGGGCUAUGCUCUGCCCCACGCCAUCCUGCGUCUGGACCUGGCUGGCCGUGACCUGACCGACUACCUCAUGAAGAUCCUGACAGAGAGGGGCUACAGCUUCACCACCACGGCUGAGAGGGAAAUCGUGCGUGACAUCAAAGAGAAGCUGUGCUACGUUGCCCUGGACUUCGAGCAGGAGAUGGCCACUGCUGCCUCUUCCUCCUCCCUGGAGAAGAGCUACGAGCUGCCUGAUGGGCAGGUCAUCACCAUCGGCAAUGAGCGAUUCCGGUGCCCGGAGGCUCUUUUCCAGCCCUCUUUCUUGGGCAUGGAGUCGUGCGGCAUCCACGAGACCACCUUCAACUCCAUCAUGAAGUGUGACGUCGACAUCAGGAAGGACCUGUAUGCCAACACGGUGCUGUCAGGUGGUACCACCAUGUACCCCGGCAUCGCUGACAGGAUGCAGAAGGAGAUCACAGCCCUGGCACCCAGCACGAUGAAGAUCAAGAUCAUCGCCCCUCCGGAGCGCAAAUACUCCGUGUGGAUCGGCGGCUCCAUCCUGGCCUCCCUGUCCACCUUCCAGCAGAUGUGGAUCAGCAAGCAGGAAUACGACGAGUCCGGCCCAUCCAUCGUGCACCGUAAAUGCUUCUAAACGGACUGCUGGCAGGUGCACAGCAUCUGCUGCAUGAGUCGUCUCACUAGUAUACGUUUGCCCUGGCAAAUCUAUACACCUCAUGCUAGCCUCAUAAAACUGGAAUAAGCCUUCUUUCAAAAGAAACUUUGCCCUUGGAAAGUCUGUACCUGAUAUUGUUAGAUGUGUCAGCACUGGGUUGUCGAGCUGGCACUUGAUUCGAUCAUUUAUUCACCAUUUGGUGCACACCUUUAGAGAAAUACCCUGCACAGAUCUGUUGGGGGGUUGUGCUGCGUGCCCAGAUGUGUACAGGGUAUUCAGAGUCAGUCAGGCUUCCAUCCAGUGCAGAGUAUUCCAGAUUUGGUGUAGAGGCUGGUAGGAGUUCCAUCCACACCCACUUCUGUCGCCGCUGUUCUAAGCAAGGUUGGGAAACAUAUCUACAUCCGAGCCUUACCAACCAGCCCUCCUCCUCCCCACCCCUCUAUAACCACCACGGGGCUGAGGUUCCUCAACGCGGGUUGCUGAAACUUGGCAUUGACACCUGUAAAUUUAUGCAUCGUUUUAAUUUAUGUAAGUAUUUUUUUUCUUUUUUUUUCUUUUUUGGGUUUUUUUUUUUGUACGUUGCCUUAAAUGUUCUCACGUGACGGUAGGAAACCAAAAUUGGGAAAGUCAUCCUCCAGGUUGAGAAAUUGUUAACGCCCAACGACACAUCAUUGUGUAAGGAAAAUAAUAAUAAAGGAAAAAAACGCUGCAGUAAACUCCAA